UCGUGAGUGCUUUUUCCCCAGAUGAUAAUGAAAAUUCGACUUACAUUAAGAUCCUGGUUUCAAAUAUGGAUGCUGGUUGUAUAAUUGGAAGGGGUGGCUCAACUAUUACAGAAUUUCAGGCACUGUCUGGAGCUCGUAUUCAGCUCUCACGCAACAACGAGUUCUUUCCAGGAACAUCGGAGAGAAUAAUCAUGGUCUCUGGUAUUAUUGAUGAUGUUAUGAAGGCAACUGAACUCAUCCUUGAGAAAUUAUUGAAUGAGGCAGGGGAAACUAGUGAUGCUGAGAUUAUAUCAAAAGUGAGGCUUGUUGUUCCUAACAACUCGUGUGGUGGGAUAAUUGGGAAAGGAGGAUCGAUCAUUAAGUCAUUUAUUGAAGAAUCACACGCUGGGAUCAAAAUAUCACCUCAGGAUAGUAACUUUUUUGGACUGAAUGAUAGACUAGUCACAAUAACAGGGACUUUAGAGGAAUGUAUGUAUGCAAUUGAUCUAAUCAUGUCAAAGUUAAUGGAAGACGCUCAUUAU